AUGAGUACCUAUAGAUUUGCCCUGGGUAACGACAGGUCAAAGUACAGCACUGCUCCCGAUCCAAGCCCUAACUACCCCGACCCCCUCACCUCCCCAACUGAGGGGGUAUCAACCACCUCGGCUGAUCCCUCUAUAAGACUAAUAACAGACACCUUCAAGAUCCCCCUCUCUAUCUUCAUCCACCAACAUGACAAUCGAAACAACCACCGAAGCCAAGGCUACCCCCAACCCCCCUGGAACACUCUCGUCCAAGCAAAGCGCAAAACCCAACAGUCCCUAAUCCCCAAAUCAUGGCACCUCCCACCCCACCUCCUCACCAACCCCCCAUCCUCAACCCUAGAAACAAUCCAUCAAAGCGGCCUCCUGUCUUCCGACGAGCUCCUCUGGACCGAAACAGCCGAUAUCGGCGAUCUCGUCUUAUUCAUUAAGACUGGAUGCAUAACGAGCGAAGCCCUAACAACGGCAUUCUGUAAACGCGCUGCGAUUGCACAGCAAACGACUAAAUGUCUGACCGAGAUAUUCUUCGAGAAGGCUAUUGCCCGUGCCAGGGAGCUUGAUGAGUAUCUAGCGCAGACGGGGGAGCUCGUCGGGCCUUUGCAUGGUAUUCCUGUUUCUGUGAAGGAUCGGUUUGAUGUGGAGGGCUUUGAUACGACUAUUGGCUGGGUUGGAUUAACCAAUAAACCGGCUAAAUCGAAUGAUUCGAUUGUGCAGCUACUGGAGUCGAUGGGAGCGGUGUUAUAUGUUAAGACUAAUGUGCCCCAGUCUUUAAUGAUGUCCGACUCAUACAACCACGUCUUUGGUCAAUCAGUCAACGCCUUCAACAGCGGCUUGAUCUCAGGCGGUAGCUCCGGCGGCGAAGGCGCACUCAUCGGUUGCAGAGGUAGUAUCUUAGGAAUCGGUACUGAUAUCGGUGGCUCGAUUCGUGUGCCGGCCAAUCUACAGGGUCUGUACUCUAUCUGUCCAUCGAGGGGACGGCCUGACCCAACACUACCUCAUCCCCCCGUCGCCGGACCAAUGGCCACGUCCCUCGCAACAACAGAGUAUUUCAUGAAAAGCCUCCUAUCCUCUGAACCAUGGAAUCUCGAUCCAAACGCCGUUCCAAUCCCAUGGCGAAAAGAACUAGCAAUCCCCCCAGCGAAUCGCAAGUUGAAAAUCGGAGUUGUAUUCGACGAUGGCGUCGUCAAGCCGCAACCGCCUGUUACCAGGGCAAUGCGCGAGACAGUCAAUGCGCUGAAAGUUGCAGGUCAUGAAGAAGUGAUCGAAUGGGACACAUCCUUACACAUGACAACAACAAACCUAUGGACAAAGGGCAUUCUCGCCGACGGCGGAAACCACUGUCGCUCCCUGUGCCAGCUAGUCGAUGAACCACUAAUCGAGGGAAUGAUAGUGGGUAAAGAGGGUGAUUUUCUCUCAUUGGAGGAGCGUGAGCAGCAGUUCGAAACAACCAAAAUAACCAUCCAAACCGCCUUCCACAAACAAUGGAUCUCAUCCGGAAUCGACGCACUAUUAACUCCCGUCCUGCCAUGGGUAGGCUACAAGCCCAAGACAUGGGUUCGGAGCAAGCAGUGGAUUGGAUACACCGGUAUGUGGAAUCUACUGGACUACGCUGCUGUGACGGUCCCCGUUGCGAGGGCGGAUCGUAGACUUGAUGAUGGGGAUGUUGAGUGGGAGGGACAUUUGGUUAGGAAUGAGUCGGAUGAGUUUAAUUAUUCCCAGUAUGACAUCGACCUCGUUCAUGGAAUGCCUAUUUGCGUGCAGAUUGUCGGUGGGCGAUUUGGGGAGGAGAAGGCUGUGGCUGUUGGGAAGGUUGUUGAUGAGCUUAUGAAUCCGACUCCUUUUUUUCAAGGUAGGUAG